ACGAGGCUUUCAAACCUACUGUGUUGUAUGACGUCACUACCUGUAUGAUAGUUAAUCAUAACUAAUAAUUAAGAAAUAGCCAUUUUUUAUCAAACACACAAGACAGAAAACAUUGAAACAUGGAUGAUACACUUUUCCAGUUAAAGUUUACAACCAAGCAGUUGGAGAGGUUAGCCAACAAAGCUGAAAAAGAACAAAAGAAAGAACAAGCUAAGGUUAAAAAGGCCAUACAACAGAAGAACAUUGAAGGUGCCAGGAUAUAUGCAGAGAAUGCCAUACGCAAGAAGAAUGAAGGUCUAAACUACCUCCGGUUUGCUGCGAGAGUCGAUGCUGUAGCUUCUAAAGUACAGACUGCUCUAACAAUGAAAUCAAUAACCAAAAAUAUUGGCGAAGUAACGAAGGCUCUAGACAAAGCAAUGAGUUCAAUGGAUCUAGAAAAGGUUGGGAAAAUAAUGGAGAAAUUUGAAAAACAGUUUGAAGACAUAGAUGUCCGUACCUCAACAUUAGAAAGUGCAAUGGGCACAGCGACUACAUUAUCUACACCACAAGACCAGGUAGAAUCAUUAAUAAUGGAAGUAGCAGAAGAAAAUGGUCUAGAAGUAAUGGAUCAACUGAAAGACAUCAAUCCUUCCACAGCCUCGAUACGCGACACUGCAGAAACUAAACGUGAAGAUGAUCUUUCUAGAAGAUUACAAGCUCUCCGCAACUGACAGUUCAUCGGUCUGUGAUAUAUUUGUACAUAUAUUGUGUAAAUGUGUUUUGUAUAUAAACUGUAAACAUUUUAGUCAUACAUUGGAAGAAUUCUUCACUCAUUAAGUUAUUGAAAGUUUAAGUUUGAUCAUAAAUUGUUAAAUCUAAAUUCCAAGUUUGAAUUUUUUAUUUAUUUUUCAUCAUGUGCCUAUAAAAUGUCAUUAUUUUAUUACAAUGUACAUGAAAAUAGAACUGUUAAGACAGGAUGUUGGUUAUUUAGAAGAAAAAAUUAAAGUUAUUGAUAAGACUAGAAAUUUUAUUUGUUUUUGACAUAAAACACAUGUUUAUAUGCCAAUGGUGAUAUAAAAAGAAAUUUAAAAAUCUAUUACUAGGUUAAGACAUCUGUAAAUAUAUAAGAUUUUUGUAUGCAAAAACAGAGACGGAAAUGGACAUAUCUUUGCAAGAUACAGUUGUUAACUUAUUUCUUGUAUGAACUUAUUUCUUGUGUGAACUUAUUUCUGGUAUCAUGUAAUCACUAUACAGUACUGGUAAUGGGUUAACUUCUAUCAAUUAAAAAUAGGAGUUAUAGAGGAUAUUGAAUGAGUGUAGGUUCAAUACUGAAUUUAUUGAACAAGUUGAAUAAAAUUAUAUUAUGCCUGGGACUAAAAAUGUAAAAGUUUAUCUUUCUGUCCCAGAUUAUUAGCAUCUGGCUAGCAUAUUUUUUCAAUUUAGCAAUGAGGCUACACAAAUAUGAUAUUCUAUUUAUCACAUAUCCAAAAUAAAAAUGAAUAAACUUUUCAUUGAUGGCUUAAAGUGUGACGCUUACACUUAAUGCAUUAUUAUGCUAUGUUGUAUAAUGCAAAAUUUAAUGAUGUGAAGUCAAAAUCUAUGCAUGACGUGCAAUACUAUAUUUACUGAGUCGCAAAAGUGGCAUGGGUAUGUAAUAAAACCAAUUACUGCACUAAAGUGACCAAUUUAUAAAAGUCUUAAUACUUUUCCAUUCUUGUGGCGACAAAUUUAAAUAUUUUAUGUAAAAGUAAUCUAAGUAUAAAUAAAGUCUGAGUAAUAUAUUAAUCAUUAUAAUUAUGGACAUAAUGUGUACCAGUAUGUGUUUUCUAUGAAUUAUGGGUAAAUGAACAAAAGAAAACUGUUACUACAGAUAAAUAAAAUUAUUAUAUCACUAUGCUUUUUUUAUUUUUGUAGAAAGUUUAAGGUAACUUUUUAAAAGAAUUUCUAUUUAUCAUAUUUAUAUUUUCUUGUUAAAUAUUUAUUAAUAUCUGCAGUCCCGCUAAAGAGUUGAUCUAGAAAGAGUACACUUUAAGUACACAGUAUACCUAUAGUAUACUUUAAUCAUAUGUUUUAUAAACAUACCUCACAACUGUUUUGACAUAAGUUAUAAUAUAUGUUAUAAAUUUCCAACUUCACGGAGUCAAAAUUUCAAGCAAAAUUUAUACACUUCUAUAGUAGUUAUCAUGACUAAACAUCAGGGAUGACAUAAAAUUUAUUGUCAAAUAUAAGCAAUAAAAGUGCUAAAAGUUGACAUUUUCUUUUCAUUUAAAAUUCAGUCAAAUAAUCUUCACAAAUGGUAUCCUUACACAUUAAUGCUAAUUUUUUGGUCACUGAAACAUAACUUUAAAAUGGCUAAUUCCCCUGAACAAUGCAAAUUUUUACAAUCAAAGUCAGAUAUAUGGUGGAGCAAAUAAUUAUACGGUCCCUUUUCAAGACCAAUUCAUUAAGAUGAUUUUUAUUUCGGAAUCUAAAAAUCUUUGGAAUUUAAUGUACAGGUAAUUUUUGUUAAGUCUUGUUAGUUGUUUGUUGAAUUCUCUUCAGUAUCAUAUUGUUAUAUUCAUUUGAAAUCAAAACGUUAGACAUCAAGUGACAUUAGUAUAUAAUAAAUUUUAAAUAACUGGA